CGGCUACUUUCGCUUUCCCGGACGAGGAGGCGGGUCUGAGCCGGGCCUUCGUCUCCUUCCCGAGCCCUUGUUUUGCAGGCGGCGGCGGCGGAGGAGGAGGAGGCACCAUGGCCGGCUUGGAGCUGCUCUACACCUCGGUGGCGCCCGAGCUGGGCUGCGCGCAGGACGCCUUGCUCUGCUUCGUGCAUUGGAAGCUGAUCACGCGCGACUACCGCUGCCUCGGGCCCGGGGACCAGCCGGGCGCCAACGAGAGGAAGUCGGAAAUGCUUCCCGCCGGCUGGAAUGCUGACAAGGAACUCUACACUCUGCGCUACCGGCUGAAGGACGAUUCUCACGACCUGCUGGUGAAAGCCAUUUUGAUGGACAACAGCAUCAUUCUCAACGUCAUGGAUCCCAAAACACAGAAAGUGGCGGAUCUCACCUUGAAAGUGACCGACUACGUUGACCCAGAACAUCUGGCCGAUUUUGACAGGGUGUAUCGGAACGUGGAGGAGUUGCAGACCCAGAUUGUGCAUCACAUCAUCUCCCCGUUUGAAACCUCGAAGCGGCAAAGCCACGCUAAGGAGGAAGAGCCGAAACGGGAGAGGAACCCCUCCCCACCCAACCCUCCUGACCACGACCCUCUCUGGAUCCCACCUCGACAUCCUCACGGCAGCCGGCAGCCCAACUGGCCAGAUCCACUCAGCCCGUUUGAUAUCGGCAGACAAGAUCUGGAUCCUUUGGGCGGCCGAGGCGGAGGAGGAAUGAUCUUUGAUCCGCUUCGGUCAGGAUUUCGGAAUCCUGUUCUGGACCCCUCUUCUGGGCUCCCCAGCAGACUCCCCCCUGGUUCCGUUCCCCCCGGGGCCAGGUUUGACCCGUUUGGACCCCCGGGGGCCGGCCGGAGCGAGCCUAAUCCCGACCAUCUUCGUCCUCCGGACUACGACGAUAUGUUCAUGUGACAACGGCAGAGAUUCAGCGUCUCUUUCCCAGCAGAUUGACGCCUGACGUUUAUCCAGACGUGGGACAGAGUUGGCCUGUUAUGCAGUGAUUUUCUCUCCUGGCCCACCAGUUUUGGUCCUCUUCCUAUAAACCCAAAGAGAAACAGCACAGUGAUCCUUUCAGUCUCUGCCUUUCUCCCUUUUUUUUCCUUUCCAGCAUUUUACAUUCGCUCCAUCCGGGAUGUAAAUUUGGUGAUCCACCGUUGUGUGCCCCAAGAUCAGCUGUGUUUAAAAAUCUAGAACCCUUUUCGAAAGCUGUGAGCCAUGUAGCCCCUCCGGGGAAGAUUCUGUAUAUCAGGACUGUUAACCUGAUUUUAAUCUCAAACCAAUUUGAAAUGAAACAUGGUAGGGCUACAAAAGGGUAGUAGGUCCCGUCACCAACAUCUUCCUGUCUCCUGUUUACGGCUCCUUCCAAUUUAUCGUGGAAAGGAAUGGUCCUUCCGUACAGGGAGUUUUGUUAACGUGCUGCCAAAACUUUGGUGGGGAUGUAGACCAGCAAACUGGGCCCCGUCUUCUUCACUUCCAGCCCCCUCAAUUCCCCCCCCCCUUGCCACAACUUCAUGGAGUGUGGAGAAACUCAAACGAGAGCUUGAAGGUGGCCAAAUACCUUGAUCUGGAGAUUGAACAGCUAAUGGACAAUAUUUGGCCCAAGGCUUCCAGCUGCUGACUUGCUUUGGGGAGUUGACAUGGAAGUUGGGUGAAAGAGUUGCGUUAGCGAGGCUAAAUUUUCAAGCCUACCCUCCAUCUUCAAGCACAACACAACCACAUAAGUAUACAACCUCCCCCCCCCCCCGCCAAAGCUGGCUCAAGCGAAUUGAUUUUGCUGGUAGGUAACGCUCCACCUUGGUGCCCAAUUCUACCUGGAAAAGCUUCCUGUCACCGCGCCAAUGUCUCCAUUACAGGUUGCAAUUCAUUGUUGCCUUUAAAAAAAAGCUAAUAAAAUGAACAACGAACCUCGA